AUGGUGUCGCCGCUCCUGCGGCUGCUGUUGCGACCAGCGACGCCGCUCCGGACACAAUUCACACAAUCCGUGGCCAAGGCGACCGCAUUCACAUCAAUCACGACUCCGGCUGUCUCCCUGGCGCUACGUCUGCCCGCCGUGUCCGCGUUCCGUCUUUUCUCCUCGACGCCUUCCACCCAGGCCACAUUGAACCAGGUGCUUCGCGGCUGCCGCAAGCCCCGGCGCAAGCGGAAACCUGUGUCGCCGGCCCUGUCGGAGAUGAAGGCGCCGCAAAUGAAGGGCGUGUGCCUCAAGGUCGGCAUCACGCGGCCGAAGAAGCCCAACUCUGGCGAGCGCAAGACGGCGCGUGUCCGGUUGUCCAACGGCCGCCAUAUCACGGCAUACAUUCCCGGCGAGGGGCACAACAUCCAGCAGCACAGUGUGGUGCUCGUGCGCGGCGGUCGUGCGCAGGAUUGUCCUGGUGUGCGGUACCGUCUGGUCCGUGGCGCAUAUGAUUUGGAACAGGCUGGCGUGGCAAACCGGAUGACGAGUCGCAGCAAGUACGGCACGAAGAAGCCAAAGAAGGCCACUGUUGGCUAA